AUGGAAGGAGUUUGCCACCCUUUUCAUGUUGUCAUGCUCCCAUGGCUAGGCUUUGGUCACAUCUGCCCAUUCAUCCAACUAUCCAACAGGCUGGUCGAGAAUGGUGUCACAGUCACCUUCCUCUCUCCGCCAACCCUCGUGGAGAGGAUCCGUGCUGGCCUCGACCCUAGCAUUCCAAUCGUCAACUAUGACCUCCGUCCCAUCCCUGGCCUGCCUGCUGGAGUUGAAUCGACUACUGCUUCUGUGUCUGCGCGCCUGCGCCUGCUUCUCAUGGAGGCCCUUGACGCCAGCGAGCCACAGAUCACCAACAUUCUACGCAAACUCUCUCCUGAAGUCGUCGUCUUCGACUUUGUUUACCACUGGCUUCCCCCGCUCGCAAACUCCCUAGGAAUCAAGCCUGUGUUUUUCUACGUUGCAGCUGCCAUCUCUACUACGCCCAUGAAGAUCUUCACCGUGGUGCACCCAAAAAAGCUAGCCCUUACGCUUAGUGAGAACCUUCCUGUAAGGCUUGUUUCAGCCAUCACCAGCCUAAAGCCCUAUGAAGCACGCGACAUGAUGCAGAACUUAAGGAGGCACCAUAAAUCGAGAAGGUCCCCAUGCACGAGGAUUCUCGCUGUCAUGGCACUGAGUUCUGCAAUCAUCAUAAAAACUGCCGUGGAGAUCGAGGAGACGUACCUCAAGUUCUUCUCGUCCUUGACCGGGAAGCAGGCGCUCCCAUGCGGUACGCUCAUGUCCAAGGCUCCAAGGGGAGAGCUCGAGGAACGAUGGCAGAAAUGGCUGAACAAGUUCCCUGUAGGAUCUGUUGUCUUUUGCUCCUUCGGCAGUGAGGUUUGCUUAACAAAUGAGCAGAUCGUCGAGCUCAUUGCGGGAUUAGAGAUGAGUGGUGCACCAUUUUUCGCUGUCCUUAAUUUCAGAACACCUGGGGAGCAGGCAGCAAAGCAAGAGAUUGUAGGGGAAAGAAUGGGAGGAAAGGGGAUGGUGCAUAGCGGAUGGGUUCAACAACCACAUAUUCUGAGGCAUCCUUCAGUUGGCGUGCACCUUAGCCAUGGCGGCUUCGGCACAAUUAUGGAGGCCGUAGCAGGCGGGUGCCAAACGGUCCUGCUUCCCCAGAUAUCAGAUCAGUUUUUGUGUGAAAAGCUAAUGACCAAGAAGCUUAAGGCUGGCGUUGCCGUGAAGAGGAGGUCUAAGGACGGAUGGUUUACUAGGGAGGCUGUGUGUGAGGCAGUGAGAAUGGUGAUAGACAAUGAUGAAGAGAAAACGAAGAAGAUAAGAGCCAACAAUGCCAAACUAAGGGAAUUCUUGCUUAAUGAGAGCGUGCAACAAGAAUAUAUUAGGACUGUAAUAGGAAAACUUCAAGAGUUGGUGUUAUCAUGA